AUGGAGGAAAUGGACCUGGUUGUCAUUGGUGCAGGAUGGGCCGGGCUGGCAGCUGCAAAAACGUUCUCUGAGCUCAGUCCGCAGAAAUCUCUGGCCAUCUUUGAGUCGGCGAAAACCUUAGGAGGGGUUUGGGCGAGUGAGCGACUCUACCCAGGCCUCAAAACAAACAAUAUGCUCGGGACCUACGAGUAUCCCGACUUUCCAAUGAGCCCGGACGUGUUCGAUGUCAAGCCUGGACAGCACAUUCCUGGACGGGUCUGCCACGAGUAUCUCACAAAGUAUGCAGAGCAGUUUGGCAUCGCCGAAAAGAUCCGCUAUACAUCCCGCGUGAUCUCGGCGGAGCAUAAUAACUCUGGUGGUUGGUUACUGAGAGUCUGCAAGAUCGAUGGCUUGGGAGGUCAUGAGGCAAAGGACCUCAUCGAAUAUAAGGUCAUAGCCCGGAAGCUUGUGGUUGCGACCGGGCUGACCUCAGAGCCUUUCAGACCCAGAUUUGACGGCGAGGAUAUUUUCGGUGGUAAUGUAUUCCACAUCAAGGACUUUCCCAAGUUUGCAGACACUUUAGACACGGCCAAGCGGGUCACCAUCUUUGGCGGUACGAAAUCCGGUUGGGACGCAGUCUAUGCAUACGCUACGCGGGGGGUCCCGGUCAACUGGGUUAUUCGAUCGUCUGGUCAUGGCCCUUCCUGGAUGGCUCCGCCAUAUGUGACGCCUUUGAGGAAGUGGCUGGAGAAGCUGGUCAUGACUAGGCUGUUGACCUGGUUUAGCCCUUGCAUCUGGGGGUCUGCAGAUGGCUACACCAGGAUUCGCAGAUUCUUGCAUGGGACAGCAGUCGGGCGGUUCAUCACGGAUAAAUUCUGGUUUAUUCUGGGCAACGACGUUCUCACCCUCAACAAGUAUGAUUCUCACCCUGAGACGGCGAAGAUCAAGCCUUGGAGCCACCCCAUGUUUGUGGCCUCGAGCUUCUCUAUCCUGAACUAUGAUACGGAUUUCUUUGAGCUCCUGCGCAGUGGCACUGUCAAAGUCCAUAUCGCCGAUGUCACACACCUUUCGGCCGGCAAAGUGCACCUGUCAGAUGGCACGGAGCUCGAGUCUGAGAUUAUGUGCUGCGUUACGGGCUGGAAGUGGACGCCGCCGCUGAGGUUCCUGCCCGAGGGUAUCGACGAGGACCUUGGUAUCCCACACGCCCACACGCACAGUCGUCUAGGCCAUCUCAUGGACAAGGCUGACCAGGAAAUUCUCGACAAAUUUCCCCGCUUAAAGUGCCCACCCGUCCAGAACAAAGACUACAUCCCUCUUACUGAGCAGAAGGGCGUGUCAGCUAACAGAGGGGCCGUCGACUCGCCCCAGUCAAACUCUCUGACUCCCUGGACGCUCUAUCACUUCAUGGUGCCGCCAUCUCAGGAGAUGUUACAACACCGCGAUAUUGCUUUCGCAGGAAUUUUGAUGAAUUUCAACGUCCCGCUCACGAUGCACGUACAGUCCCUCUGGAUCAAUGCGUAUUUUCGUGGCGACGGCCUUUCCCUUCCCGACGACGUCGAGGAUACGCAGUAUCAGGCUGUCUUGCACAGCCGAUUCGGCAAGUGGAGGUACCCAGCUGGCCACGGAAGCCAGUAUCCCGACUUCGUCUUCGAUGCCCAGCCGUAUAUCGACUUGCUGAUGCGCGACCUGGGCCUUCAAGUCCACCGCAAGAGGGGGGCCUUGGCAGAAAUUCUAGAGCCCUACGGUCCUCAAGACUACAAAGAUGUGGGUCAAGAGUGGCUGAGGAGGCAUCGUAUUUAUCAGCUCGUCCGAUGUAUAUGGUUCUUUGACCUGACGGACGUGACGGAUAUACGUAAUCAUGGUAGCGUUUCUGCAAAGCUCAAGAAGCCGAGCGGCCAUGUUCACGUGCGAAUCGGCGAUGGUCAAAGUCAUCUUCCAACAGACGGAAAGACAAGGCCAGGAUGCAAUCCUGAGUCUUCAUGA